GAGCAACCGAAGAAGGCAGAGAGAGAGGCUGGGACAGAGAGAUAGGGAAAGGUAUUUAUAGAAAAAUGGGGCUUCACAGUACCUUUUCUUGCAAAGAACCAUUUCAGGACCAAGUGAGCGUGUCCCACUUUUCUGAUCAUCUCUCAGCCAUUGGGUUUAGAUAGAAGCUGAGGCUGGACUGCCUCACCCAGGUGGAGCCUUUCUUUCAGAUGCUCUCCCCCUUCCUGCGGCCCCCCCGUCUCCACAGCUGCUUACCGCUGGUUUUCUGAUUGAGAACAGUGGGAGGCGUCGCCCCAUGAUAACCUACAGAUGUGACCUUUUAGGCACACUUGAUUUGCCUUGCUCUGUAGAGGCUUUUGGAGGCAGGGAGCUCAGGUGAGGAGCAGCACAAAGGUGUCCAAAGACACCCUUUGGCUGCAUCACCCUCCGGGCCGGGGGCAAAGGAAGGCUGGCUGGAACGUGCCCUGCCGCUAGCCGGGCGAGGAUGAGGCGCUUCCUGAGCAGAAAGGGUCGCUUCUCCCUGCGCCAGAGCAAGUCUGGAACCCGGAGUGCCUCCAAAGAUUUCUACCUUGGCCUCCCAGCAACCAAUCAGAACUGGCCCGAGGCGUUUGGCUUCCGACUGGGUGGCACUGGGCCCAGCUACAUCUUGUCCGUGGUGGAGGGCAGUAGUGCCUACCUGGCUGGCUUGCAGCCCGGGGACCAGGUGGUGGACAUCGAGGGCCAGGAUGUGACCAACCUCAGCACACCGGCACUUGUCGCUCUGGCUCAGACCCUCAAGACGGUGCCACCUAGCAUCGGAGUAGUGUCACGCAUCGAACAGAUUGACGUGACUCCUGGUCCAGAUGGCCGUUUUGGCUUCACCAUCAUCGGAGACUGCCCUCUGAUGGUGGAGGACUGCAUGCCCAACGGUCCUGCCGGUCGCAAUGGCCUCAAGGCCGGGGACUAUGUCAUGGAGGUCAACGGCAUCCCAGUGAAGCAUCAUGAAACGGCAGCGGCCAUGAUCAAAGCCGCUCAGGGGCGGCCUCUGCGUCUGGGCGUGCUCAGUAUGGCCCGGCGUCCCAAGAGGCUGAGCAGUAGCAUGAGGGUGUUGUCGCAGAGCGGGGACAGCAUCAGGGAGAGCCGCGCCCACAAGGCCAUGGAGUUCAAUAAGAAAGUGGAGGAAGUGCUAGGGGAGGAGCUGGAUGUGAAGGAGCAGCUGUUUGAGGUUCUGAAGCGGUACGCUGCAGAGAGGGACGUGGAGAGUCUGGCUGAGGCGCUGCCCGACAUCUUGAUCACAGAGGAGCACCAGCAGCUGAUUGACAACGUCAGGAUCUUCAUUCCCAAGAAGCACCGGGAGCGGUUUGACGAGGUGGUCAACCAGAGCCUGAUGAGCCGGAUCAAAGGGCGGAGCUUCAGCGACCCCAGCCGCCAGCACCUUCGCCGCAGCCGGAGCGAGGAUCACGCCGAACGCCUUCUGGUCUCCACCCGAGCCAGUUCAGUGCCACGCACCCACGCAGAGGAAGGCGUGGUCCCCCCCGCCCGCGGCAUGCGCAAGACAACCUCCCUCAUAGCUGGGCACUCCAGUGGCAACACCACCAACUGCAGGACGGUGAGAGUGUGUAAGGGUAACGCGAGCUUUGGCUUCACUCUAAGAGGCCAUGCUCCUGUGUGGAUCGACUCUGUCAUCCCCGGAAGCCCAGCAGACAAGGCAGGACUAAAGCCAGGAGACCGCAUCCUGUUCCUCAAUGGACUGGACAUGAGGACCUCGUCCCAUGAGAAGGUGGUGUCCAUGCUCCAGGGCAGCGGUGCCAUGCCCACGCUGGUAGUGGAGGAUGGUCCGCCCUCUUUCAGCCUGUCAGAGCAGGACCUGGCGGGGGCCAGCGUUCCCACAGAGGGGGCCCGCUCCCCUGUCCUCAGCUCCCUGCAGUGGGUGGCAGAGAUUCUUCCGGCCAGUAUCCGGGUUCAGGGACGCACCUUUGGACAGCAGCUCGAGCACCUGCUGACCAUCCAGGAGAAGUACACCAUCUGCAAGGCUCUGGAGAACUUCUUCCAGCACAGGAAUGUGGACACUCUGAUCGUGGACGUGUUCCCGGUGCUGGACACUCCUGCCAAACAGGUGAUCUGGCAGUUUGUCUACCAGCUGCUGACGUAUGAGGAGCAGGAGCACUGCCAGAGCAAGAUCUCACGCUUUCUUGGAUACAAAGCGCCAGUUCCACCACCACCACCUCCUCCCCCUCCUCCGGACCCCGAGGUUGCCCCCGAGCCCCAUCGGCGUAGCAGCUCCAUGAGGGUGACAGGGACCACGUACAGGAGCAGUGUGAGGGGACGUAGCUCUGAUGACCUGGUCAUUGGCACACACUUGGGCAUGGGCUUCGGUGCAGAGGCAGUGCUGGAUGCAGGGAUGAGGUUGGCUCCAGGAGAGAGACAGUCGGGAGAUGGUACCUCCCUUCCUGAGACUCCCAACAACCUCACCAAUCUGUCGUCAGUGUACGCUGAACUGGAGAACAUGUAUUCUGGCAAGAGGUCCAAGUCUCUGAAGAAUCGUCCUCUUCCUGCCCCCGACAGUUUGCUGGAACUGGAGCCUCCCUCACGCACAGCCUCCCCUACAACACAUGCUAACACAGGUAGCCGUAAAGCCCCGCCUACAUCCUGGCCGGAGCCUCUCCCCAGUCCCCCUCAAUCCCAGUUCUAUUCAUCAGGGCUUACGAGCCAGACCAGUGGGGAGUCUAACCCCUACAUCAGCCUGGACAGUCCCCCUGCAUCCCCUCCAGAGCCCCCUGACUUCCCAUCCAGCCCCCCUGCCCACCGCAACAACAAGCGGCGUUACACCUUCUCCAAACCACCGCGCUCAGAAGACACAGAUCGCUUUCUGGACGCUCUGAGCGAGCAGCUAGGACAGAGGGUGGCCAUCAUCGAUGACUUCCUGACUCCGGAGAACGACUAUGAGGAGGAUAUUGUGCAGAUGGGCUUCCCAGAUGAUGAUGAUGAUGAUGAUGAGGAUAUUGAAGAGGACUUGGGGGUGGACGAAGAUGAAAAUGAAAAUGGAGGAUUCGUGGCCCCAGAGCUCAGCAGUCCGAGUGAUGUUCAAAGCAGCAGUGGAGAAGAGAAUGCUUCCUCCCUCACCUACUCUUCCUGCUCUGACCACAUCCCUCCACCUCCAAUGUCCCCUCCACCACCUCCGCCUGUUCAGUUCAAUGACCCGCCUCCCCCACCCCCCCCUCCAACACCUGCACAGACUCAGUCUCAACAGCAACAACAGCAACAGCUCAGCUACACCCCUGAACAAUCCCCAAGAGCAUAUGUGCCCAUCCGCCGGAAGUCUGGCCCUCCUCCACCACCUCCACCUCGCAAUCACCUUCCACCUAAACGACACUCCUUACACAAAGUCAUGCCCAAAAGAGAUGACCUUCAAGUCCAGGCUACUAUACAAGAGCUAAAAGCCUUCCAAGGGCAAAAGGUUUUUCAGCAAAGACAAGUAUACGAGGAGCAACAAGCCUACAAGGAGAGGCAGGAGUAUGAGGAGCAGAAAGCUUUUGAAGAACAGCAACUUUUACAAGAGCAGCAAGCUUUCCACGAACAACAGGCCUAUCAGGAGAAAAUGUUCAAGGAGAGACAGGCGUAUGAGGAGCAACAACUUUUUGAAGAGCAACAACUGUUCCAGGAGCAACAAGCCUACCAAGAAAGACAAGCGUAUGAACAGCGCCAAAUCUACCAGGAACAAAAAGCGUACGAACAGCGUCAAGCCUACAAGGAGCAAAAAGCUUUGGAGGAGCUUCAAGUCUACAAGGAGCAAAAAGCAUUGGAGGAGCUUCAAGCCUUCCAGGAGCAAAAAGCUUAUGAAGAGCGUAAAGCUUAUGAAGAGCGAAAAGCCUACGAGGAGCAACAAGCAUAUCAAGAGCAACAAAUCUACCAGAGCCAUCACUCCAUGCCUAACCAGCCAACACAGCAGAAAGCCCACUCACCGCUUCCUCUCCAACAGCUCCACCAGUCCUUACCCCCACUCCCCUCUCCAGACUCCACCCAUCCCCACGCUAACCAUCCUCUGUAUAUGAUGCGCCAAGCACAGCAGCAACAGGCCCACCAAAGUCAUCUCCACCGACGUCUGUCACGAUCAGCCCCACCUCCACACCAGCCGUCGCCCCAACCGACCGGCCAUCCUAACCAACAUGGUCAAUACUCUGAGGGUAUCUACCAAAGCCAUCAGGGCAUGCGACCCCAGGCCCACCAUUCGUCCACAGAGAUGCUCAACCAGAUGCAACAAGCCCCAGCUCAUCAUUCCUCUGCAGAGAUGCUCCAUCAGUUGCAACACGCCCAAGCCCACCACUCAUCCACUGAGAUGCUCCAGCAGUUACAACAGGUCUUCUCGUCUUCAGAAAUGCUCCACCAAGCGCACAAGACCAAGGCCCAUCACUCCUCCACAGAGCUUCUGCACCAAGGUCACCAGAUGCAGCAAAUGCAGCCCCACCACUCCUCGGCUGAACUUCUCCACCAGGCGCAACAGAUGCAUCGGGGUCAACCCCACCACUCAUCUACUGAGAUGCUCCAGCAGUUACAACAAGCCUUCUCGUCAUCAGAAAUGCUCCACCAAAUGCACAAAGCCCAGGCCCAUCACUCCUCCACAGAGCUGCUCCAUCAAGCCCACCAAAUGCACCAAACAAAGCCCCACCAUUCCUCCACGGAGCUUCUGCAUGAAGACUGUCAAGAACCUGCCUCCCUCCCUUUUCAGCUGAACCGGGACAGCCACUCCCACCAGAGUCGGAGGAGUAUUAAAGGUCAUCAUCAGACCCCGGUGUCGCCACAAGGGAGACCCCAAGAUCAGCAGCUCCACCAAACCCAUCACCCCCAGCCCACCAAACAUUCUCCCCAAAGACCCCACUCUAUACAGCAGACCCACCACCACUCCAGCUCCCCUCAGAUCCACCACAUCCACCACAUGACCCCACAGCCGCCUCCGAAGGACUACCAACACCAGAUUCACGUCAUCCACCCUCCCCAGCAGCCCCACAGUGCUCAGCCCCUUCUCUCCACUUUCAGCCACUCCAGCCACACCAGACCACCCUCUCCACCUUCCAGCCUCUGCCCCAACACCACCAGUCCCAGCACCAGGUCCAGCCCUCCCCCCAAGCUCCCCGCCCGCAGUCCCAGCCUUCACAUCACAUGCUGCAGUCGCAACACCAGCCCCAAACCCAGUCCCAUCAAAAGCAAUCCCACAGCCAGAGCCAGCCCCAUUCCCUCCCACACUCACUAUCUGACCCGUCAGAGCACCGCGACCCCCCUCCCCCUCCCCCCUCCUCCUCCUCCCCUGCCUCCACCCUGCACCCCUCCACCCUUGCCAAGGCCUUCACUCUCCAGAAUGGACUCCAACCACAUGAGUGUGAAGAGGCUGCACUGGGAGCAGGUGGAAAACUCAGAGGGGACGAUCUGGGGACAGUUGGGAGCAAAUUCUGACUAUGACAAACUGCAUGACAUGGUGAAGUAUCUGGACCUGGAGCUGCACUUUGGGACACAGAAGAGCUCCUUGCCUGUUCCAGAGCCAUGCCUCCUACCGCAAACCUUCAAGAAGAAAGAUGUGAUUGAAAUUCUGUCACAUAAGAAGGCCUACAAUGCCUCGAUCCUGAUAGCCCACCUGAAGCUGUCUCCUGGUGAGCUGCGUAAGGUGCUGAUGAACAUGGUCACUGACCGGCUGGAGCCAGCACACAUCCAACAGCUGCUGCUGUAUGCCCCCGAUGCAGAGGAGGUCAAAAAGUAUGAAGAGUACACAGAGGAUCCUAGCAAACUCAGUGAGCCGGACCAGUUUGUGUUGCAGAUGUUAUCAGUACCAGAGUACAAGACCCGCAUGGAGUGCCUCCUCUUCAAAUGUUCACUGCAGGAAAAGACAGAGGAGAUGAGGGGAGCGUACGACUGUCUUUACAAAGCUUCCAUGGAGCUGAAGACCAGCAAGAAGCUGGCUAAGAUACUAGAGUUUGUGCUGGCGAUGGGGAACUACUUGAAUAACAGCCAGCCUAAAACCAACAAAACUACAGGCUUCAAGAUCAAUUUCCUUACAGAGUUGAGCACAACCAAAACAGUGGAUGGGAAGUCGACAUUUCUACAUAUUCUGGUCAAGUCGUUAUGUCACCACUUCCCUGAUGUGUUGGAUUUUUCCAAAGAUUUAACUAUGGUUCCUCUUGCAGCAAAAGUAAACCAGAGGAUUAUCACGUCAGAUCUGAAUGACCUUCAUACAACCAUACAGGAAAUUCGCUCAGCGUGUCAGAAGAUGCCUGUGACGGCUGAGGACCGAUUUUCUGUCGUAAUGAGUAACUUCCUGGAAAACAGUCAUCCAGCUCUGCAGUCUCUGGAGUCUCUGCAGCAGAGAGCUAUGGAGGAAUUCAGCAAAACUGCCUCUUACUUUGGAGAAGACGGCCAAUCCACAAACACUGAGGCCUUCUUUGGUAUCUUUGCGGAUUUCCUUAUCAAAUUUCAGAGAGCUCUCAAUGAUCAACAAGCUGUAGAAAACCAGAAGAGCCCCAGAAGUCAACGACUGGCCUCUCCACUGGCCUGGUAACACACACACAAAGACACACAAAGACACACACAGUAUGGCGAGGACAACAUAGUUCAUCGUUCAUAAGGUGCAUAUAAGUACAGACACAGAUCCUAAUAUACUGUAUAUACACACAUAAAAAACUAAUGAGGGAGAAACUUUAAAAUGAGGCAAAAAUAAAUGUAUUUUGCAUCAAAGAUGGACGAUCAAGCCUUAUACCAGUGGUAUAGUAUAUAUUGAAUAUCUUUUCAAAACGAAACUGAGUUUUUGUUACGUCUAACACUUUAAUGACUAAGACUGCUACAUAGGAAACCAUGUUGUUUGGUUGUCCGUUACUCAGUAACAUCCUGUAGUUGAAGUUUUCUUUCUUUUGGCCUCAACCUAAGUGUGUUACUACAAUUCUACAGUGACAUAUUGAUGCUAUAUGCUCUUAUAAGACUGAAAUGCUUUUAAUUGAUGUAAUUAAAUGUUUCAUUGAAAUGCAUUCACAUUCUCUUUGUGGUUAGGAAGAAAACCACAGAAGCAGUUUUCCUGUUAGUUUACGUGUUGUAUAUGUUUGUAAGCCGCCCACCGCACUGAAUGUAACAUUAAUUCUCUACUGACUAAGUGUAUAUUAUUUCUUCGUUGAUCUCAUUUGCCCUGAUGACUGAUUGUUUCAUUAGCUGCUUUGUAUCUUUGCCUCACUGUCAGACCAUUUUCUGAAUUCUUUCCAUGUCAGUUAUAGCCAUGUAUGUGUGUUGUUAAAACUUCUGAUGUUAUUUAUAUGUAUACAGCUCAGUGUUUCCCCUAGGAUGGAGUCAUAGCAGCGGUGCUAAGGCACGCGGGCCCAGCGAAAUGUGAGUGCGGAGCGCGUGGAAUCUUUUAGUGUGUGCGCGUGCGAAGUGCGCCCCGCCAAUAUGUUUCUAUGUGUCUGCCAGCUCAAGAAAGGCUCUUGAGGCCUAGUACAUACAGUGGCAAUGUCUCAAGAUUUAGCAAAAUACACCUUUAUUGAACAUACAUUAACACAAAUACUACAAAUCCACAUAAAAAACAAUAAAAAAAUCAAAAAGGGUCGCCACUUAUUAUUAUUUUAAUGAAAAAAAAAUGAAGACAUUUUUAUUUUUUAUAUAGGGGAAACACUGCAGCUCUGGAAAAAAUUAAGAGACCACUGCAAAAGCAUCAGUCCCUCUGGUUUUACUAUUUAUAGGUAUGUGUUUGGGUAACAUUUUUUAUUUUAUUCUAUAAAAUACUGACAACAUUUCUCUGUGUUGGAAUUCAACACACACUGGAGUUGAAUGGCUGCCAUAUAUGUAGAGAUUGACAUUUAAGAAAACUUUGGAGUGGUCUCUUAAUUUUUUUCAGAGCUGUAUUUGAGAUAUUGAGAAGUUGGCACUUACUGUUUGUUUUUUAAAGGCAAUAUGAUAUGUUCCAAUGAUCAAUUAGAAUCGGUCUGCAGUCGUAGAAAAAUGGGCAGUGUGCAAUAUGUGAAUGUUAAGCCAUGCUUCACUGUUGGAUAUUAUACAAAAAAUAAUUAUACUAUAUGAAAAUAUCACUGAAAUAUAUUGUGUUUGUACUGUACAGAAUAAGAGUAAAUGCUAUAUUAUAUGAAGCACUUUGUUAUGUUAAUGUUUUACAUUAUUAUAAUGUACCAAAUAUCUCUUAUAUUGUGUUAUAUGGACUAAUCAUAAAAUGAUACCACUAAGAGGACAUUAAUGACAUUAAGGUUAGUGUAUCAGAACAACAGUUAACAGCUUGUCAGAGCUCUGUGAAAAAUAAAUCUUAGCCUUCAAGCGAUAUUCUUUAGAGGUAAGGCAGGAAUAAUGUGUGCAGCGAGUGAAAGCCUUAUUUUCUAAUAAUGGUCUAGGUUGUUUUUCAUGUAAGUUACAUAAUGCCAACUUCUAAAGCAUUGCUCUCAAUUUAAGGCCUAUAAAUGGUUAAGUCUGUAUUUUGUAUUGUAUCCUAUCGAUGAUAUAUAAAGAGUGUAAUUAAAUCUA